AUGGGGCCCCCGGGCAAUAGGGGAUCAUGGUGCCCCUGUGUCCUUGCCCAAACUCAAAAAAGCCUAUGAAAAAGGUACCAGGGGCAUCUCAUGCCUAAAACCCACCUAACCCAAGUCACAUAGUGGUCAAUGCAUGGAACAUGUAGAGUCUUCUGUAUCUGUUAUCAUUACUAUUACCCAGGGGCAGACUGACAACUCAUGGGGCCCCUGGGCAAUAAGGGAUCAUGGGGCCCCUGUGUCCUUGCCCAAACUCAAAAAAGCCUAUGAAAAAGGUACCAGGGGCAUCUCAUGUGGCCCCCUACUGACCCCAGGCCCUCGGGCAGUGCCCGAGUUUCCAAAUGGUCAGUCCGCCCUU